AUGGCAUUCGAGUCCGGUACAGCAUAUCCAGAAUCUGAUGCGGAUGACGAGUACGAGAGAAGUGUGCAUAACAGUUCCCCGGUCCUCGCCAACGAUUCAGAGGAUUCCGACGGCCUUUCCUCCAGCGAACAUACCCCGACUACAUAUGGCAACCAUGGCAUCGGGGAUGCUUUACCGGAGGGUAUCAUAACGGAAUGGACCGCAGAUGACUGCGCCGAUUUUGUAGGUAGUCUAGGACUGCGGCAGUAUGGCGAUCAAUUCUUAGAAAACGACAUCGUCGGUGAAGCAUUGGUAGCAUUACAGCAUAACGACCUAAAGGAGAUGGGAAUAGCGAGUGUGGGACAUCGACUUACAAUUCUCAAGAAUAUUUACGAUAUCAAGAUCAAACAGGAUGUGCCCAUAGAGAGUGAUCACUAUGUGCCACUGUCAGCAGAUGCCGAGGCCCAAUAUGCCACUGCGACGCUCAAAGACAUCAAAAACCUUGUUGAGCAAUUACGAUUACGAGACGAACGAAUGUCUAUCACAGAGAUGGAAUUACGAAGGCUGACCGCUGAAUAUACUCGAUUGCGGGAGGAUCUUCUACCUGUAUUUCGAAUGGCCAAAGAAGGACAACCGUUGCCAUAUCACCCUCCUGGCUCCAGCAAUCAAACUUCUUAUUCUUACGAUAACAACAAUACGAUAUCACCUCCUGCACCAACACCAUCUUCAAGCCAAUCAGGAGGACUUUCGCGGAAAUUCUCAACAAAAAAGCUUUUCCUAGAAUCAACACCCAAGAAUGCGUCUCCUACAUUUAAUUUACAAUCUGGCCAAGAUAGAUCUUUGAUGGAACAAGCUCUUGACCCCGCAAGUGCUGCCGAGCGGGCAGUCCUAUCUUCUUCGCACCUCAACGCUAUAAACAAUGGCUUUCAAUCUUUAUCCCCUGGGCAUCCUUCCCCCAAUCAGCCUUCGCCGACUUCUCCUCCUUCCACUCAUCUGAGUGGAUCGACUUUGGCCUCACGCUCAUACCGAUCGGACCAACAACCGACUCCAGGCCGCAGCACUUUCCCUCAAAACGAUAGCGAUCAGUAUCCUCCAUCGACAUACUCUCGCGAUAGUACCAAACCAGCACCCUCACGGCGAGCCCAAACACCUGCACUUGAACCGCCACCCACUGGUGGGGGUGGUGCUUCAGUCGAAAUUUUCAAAUCUUUCCGUGUCAGUAUGGAAGAUCCAUGCUACAAGGUCUUGCCCGCUGCGUUAAAAAAGUACAAUAUCAAUGCGCCUUGGGAACAUUACGCUUUAUACAUCGUCUAUGGGGAUAAAGAAAGAUGUUUGGGUAUGGAAGAAAAGCCGUUGAUUUUAUUCAAACAACUAGAUAAGGAAGGCAAGAAACCUAUGUUUAUGCUGAGGAAGAUUAGUCCUACAGAGCCUGGUACGCAAGACGUUCCCGGAAGUGCAGGUCUAGAUGGUAGAAAUGGUGGUCGCGGUGGGAACAACUCCAUAUAUGACCCCCCUGGUGGCAUUAUAUGA